AGCCGAACGGCAUCCACUACUAGGCAGUUAGUCAUUUCGACUAGCGCGAGAAGAGAAGUCGCAAGAGCAUUGAAACAACUGGGGAAAAUAACUCACUAUCGCAAACGAAUUACACACAAGAGAUUACGGCCUGAAGUACUGAGUGGUUUUCGUAUUUGCAAAUGAAAGGUCUUGAUCGGUUGUAGUCAGUCACAGCUGGUUUGCCGGUGCAUACACGUGGUUUUUCGAAUCAAACUUGUUGUUGGUUCUUUGUGUGAGAUCAAAACGUGUGCCAUCAUUGAAGAUCGAUUACGAACGAUAUAUCACGCGUCUCCAUGGCCGUUCGAUGGGUACAUAGUGCCACGAGGAGUGAAUGUUGGUCCAUCAGAAGUUCGAAGUGAAUGACAAUGUUAGUUGUUUGGUUCGUGCUGGUGAUUUUGAUGCGGCUGGCGAAAGCUGAUGAACGGCCGACUGGAUAUUUGUUCUAUACAUCGGACGUGAUAAAUUUGGAUCUGAACUAUACGUCAUACACAGUGGGAUGUACGGUGAAUACUACUGGAAGCGUUGGAGCAGAUGCGAGCAUCCACAAUCUCAUGAUCCUUGAUACGAAAAGUAACCCAUAUUCGACAGAGAUCGUCAACGAAACGACAAUAAUCCACGAAGUGGACCUUCGACACAACAAUGAAUCGACCAUUUGUGGCGUUAAGACCUACAUUUGUCGCUUCAAACGUUCCAUGUUAGCGAUGCGUACCAUCCGCGUUGCGAGGCCUCCGCCGGCAAUCAAACCGACUGACUUCAAAUGCAUUUCCUACAACCGAAAACGAUUGGUUUGUCAGUUUGAGCGUCAAAAUAGUUGCGGUCUUUUUACGGAGUACAGUUUGUCCAUGAUUCGGCUGAGCGGUCAUAGUGUGUGUAAUCUCAACGAUACCGGAACCAUGCUAAGCUUCGACAGUGUUUCGGAUUCGUGCGUAUUCUCGUCGGGACAUUCGAUGUUUUCUUUCAGGAUCGAGGGUAAGAAUAUAAUAGGAAAGGCGGAGUCCACAUUUGAGGUGGAUCAUUAUGAUAUUGUGCAACCAGAAGCACCGAGUAAUUUGCAGGUGUUGUCCUUGAACGAGACUGAUGCAGAGAUAACGUGGGAUUUGAGCUAUAUGUUGUACAACUUAAACCGUUCAUUCGAAGUACAAUUUCAUUUAAUUACAAAGUAUGAUGUAACAGAGACAUUCGCAACCAUGAAUCUCACAAAGGGCGAGCAAAUGAAGUACCAGUUUUAUGAUCUCUAUGCUUAUACAAGCUAUGAGCUAAAAAUGAGAGUCCGAGUUGUUCCCAAAUCAUUGCGGCAUUUUGAAGAAGAAUAUUGGUCUGAGUGGUCUGUGAUUGAAUUUCAAACUUUAGGCUGCAGGCCUUACGAUGCUCCACGAAUUUUACCCGGAGCUUACAAUUUCAAGGAAAGGAGAGAUAAUCUAGUGGCAAUUGAUGUUUAUUGGGAACAAGUUCCUGAGUAUAGAUAUAAUGGUCCAGGAUUUGGAUAUGGAAUAUAUGCCCUGUCGCAAACAGGCCACAGCCUAACGACAAACAGUUCGAACAAUGGAGUUGCUACAUUUCAAAAAGCAAGGAUCGAUGAGCAGUAUACAGUGUACUUGUAUUCGUACAACGAUGAAGGUCGAUCAGAAAAUAUGAAUACGAUAAACGUCUAUCCUCUCAAAGCUGAGUAUCAACCUAAAAUAAAAAGAAUGCUUUACAACGAAAGUUACCAUUUACAGUGGUUUUCGCCCGACGAUAGUGAAAGCCUUUCCAACUAUACGCUCAUGUAUUGUACUUAUAGUACUACGGGAACAUGUCAUGGCUCCGUAACUUUUGAUACUAUACCUGCAAAUGCAACAUCUUAUUUCUUGAAUUUGGCCAAACCACUUACUUUCGCUAUAUCGGCAAAUUAUCGUGAGUAUUCAACAGAGCUCUCUUGGCAGUUGUGUACGGUUUCCCCGGCAAUGAGCAUUAGUCAACUGGCCUUCAAAGUAACCGACGUGUCCGAACACUCCUUUACGCUGCGCUUGCAGCUGUCAUGUAUGGAUCAAUCCUUGAUCGAGAGAUUCGAUGUCCGCUAUUGGGCCGCACUGGAUGCUAACAUGGUGGUAAAUAAGACCUUUCGGCCUUAUGACACGAUCAUUCCAAUCGAAAAUCUGUCGAUCGACACUGACUAUGCGGUGAUCGUCACUGUAUACGACGAACGAGGGAAUACAUUUGAAGCGAGAAGCUCAGUGCGCACCAAGGACAAAGAUAUCCUCAUGCAACUGGUGCCCUUCCUCCUCUUAGGAAUACUAGUAAUGGGUAUUGUGACUACGACAGCCACGCGUAAAGUGAAGAGGAUAAUGGAUAUAAAAGUCGAAAUACCAAUCGGAUUACUCGGAAUCCAUGAAAUGCCAAUCCAGAUCGAAUCAUCACACGAAGAACACGAACCCAUACCAGAGCAUUUCGGCGAUGCAAUAGAAUUAGAAGAGCUUUCACCCAACGAAGAUCAACCAUUUGUCAAAGUGAAAUCCAUUCUCAAAAAGCCGGAACAGUUUGCUUCUCCGACGAAUCCAGAACAAACUGACCACUCCAUUAAACCUAAACCAACAGUACAGAUUGUUACCGGGGACAAUUAUAUUAUGCCAUCGCAAAUGAUGGAUCCGGCGAAAACAAUGCCAUCCAUUAUUGCAAUUGGAGGAGCCCAGUCGUCCGGUUAUGUGGAUGUUAAACUAAUGAUGAACCAACAGCGGGUGGUUUGAUGAUCGCGGUUGAACCGAUCCGAGUAGAACCUAUUCCUAACUCAAGUACAAACCGUAACUCUUAGUUUAUAACUGAUUCAUAAUUCAUUAGCAGUUUUCCUUACUGACGUUUGUGAUAAAUAUUACUAUAAAGUGAGUCUCUUUUGUUUGUUA